AUGGCCGAACGGACAGAACAUGGCUAUCCCGCCAGCAAUUCUAGCGAUGAUAUCGAGUCUAUCGAACCGCAUCGCAGCGACAAUGCGGCGAAUGAAAUUGCUAGAUUAGAAAAGCAAAGUACAGCGGCAUCGGGGUAUUCAGCCUUCGAACAGCGCACACAAUCAAUAGUCUCGCGCAUUCGGAGUCGAGAGCCCGGCCAGACAGCGAAAUUCAGUCAUCCACUCACCCACACCAAGACAAGUCCCGAUGUUAUUGUGGAUUUCGACGGUCCGGAUGAUCCUUACAGACCAUUGAACUGGAGUUUCAGGAAGAAGGCUAUCACGACGGUGUUGUAUGGAUUAACUACUAUGGGUGCGACAUGGGCGAGUUCAAUUUACUCGACGGGUCAGGCACAGAUUAGCGAGGAGUUCGGCAUCUCGAGUGAGGUCGCUACACUCGGCACCUCAUUGCUCUUGUUUGGCUUGGGAUUGGGGCCCUUGCUCUGGGCACCUCUCUCUGAGCUCUAUGGACGCAAAACGGCAGUUUUGCCACCCUACUUUCUCGCGGCCAUCUUUUCCUUCGCGACUGCCACCGCGAAAGAUGUACAGACUAUCAUGAUCACUAGAUUCUUUACGGGCUUCUUCGGUUCCGCCCCUGUUACCAACACCGGCGGAGUCCUGGGUGAUAUCUGGACCCCCGAACAGCGUGGAGCUGCUAUUGUUGGCUAUGCUAUGGCUGUUGUGGGUGGGCCUGUAAUUGGACCCAUCGCGGGUGGUGCCAUCGUCCAGAGCGAUCUAGGAUGGCGCUGGACUGAAUAUAUCACCGGUAUUAUGAUGAUGUUCUUCCUCAUCAUGGACAUCCUCUUUGUUGACGAGAGUUAUCCACCAGUCCUGCUGGUGUAUAAGGCGCAACGACUGCGCUUCGAAAGCGGCAACUGGGCCCUCCAUGCACGCCAUGAAGAGUGGGAUGUGACCCUCAAAGAAAUAGGCAACAAGUACCUCAUCCGUCCCUUCCAACUCCUCACAACCCCAAUCUGCUUCCUCGUUGCCCUCUACGCAUCAUUCGUCUACGGUAUCCUCUACCUCAGUCUAGCAGCCUUCCCAAUCGUCUUCCAGGAAAUACGCGGCUGGAACCAAGUUGUCGGCGCCCUGCCCUUCCUCGCAUACUUAGUUGGCAUCCUAAUGGGCGGAGGGAUCAACCUUGCCAACCAGAAAUUCUACCUCAAGCGCUUCAAAGCAAAUAACAAUCGCGCCAUCCCCGAGGCUCGACUCCCGCCAAUGAUGCUGGGCUCUGUAAUUUUUGCUGCCGGCCUAUUCGUCUUCGGUUGGACAAGUCCAAAGAAUUUCCACUGGAUUUGCCCGAAUAUCGGUGCGGUCAUGAUGGGCUUCGGCUUUUUCACGAUCUUCCAGGCUGCUCUCAACUACCUCAUUGAUACAUUCCAGAAAUACGCUGCCAGCGCCAUCGCUGCAAACACUUUCCUACGCUCCGUGUUUGCGGGCUGUUUCCCGCUCUUCACAAGUGCCAUGUUCCAUAAUCUUGGUGUUCCUUGGGCUGCUAGUGUACUGGGCUUCAUCUCCGUUGCGCUCAUCCCCAUUCCAUAUCUGUUUUACAGGUUCGGGAAGCAGAUCCGAGCGCGUGGGACUUGGUCUCGAGAUUCUGUUUAA